AUGUGCAAAGCAAACUCUUAAGUCAACUUUGCCUUGUGCGGCCGCGAGCAGAUAGUAGACAGAAUCAGCACCAAAGUUGAAUUUGUCGAGAAUUACGCGGACGGAUAAUACGAAACGCAGCCGGUAAAUGUCCGCGAACGUUUGCUCUCCCGACAAGUGCAAGAAGUUCUCGGUUUACAUGGAAUAACGCUGUGUCUCGAAUACUUUUGAAGUCGGCUUGAAAGAGCGCUUGAGGACAAUGAACCUGUCUUUUGAUGACCCGUCGCUGGACACCCUGGGCUCCAGCUUGUCUUUUCACGAUCCGAGUGAUAUUGACACGGCUCUGCUCAAUGACAUCGACGAUAUGCUCCAGCUUAUCAACCACCAGGACAUGGAGUUUGGAGGGCUGUUCGAUCACGCUCCAUUUCCUGCCCCCUUGCAGGACAUCUCAGUCCUGCCCUACUCCAGCCCUUCCUCUCCUCCACCCGCCUCUUCCACGCCCACCAACACCUCCUCCAUCCUCAGCAGCAGCCCACACCUGGAUGCCCUGCUGGGCCCCCCCAUCACCCGCAGCUCCUCCAUCCCGGACAAGGUGUUUCAGCCUCCCACUUUCCAGCAGUCUCCUCUGGCACAGGUGACCUCCACCCCCGCAAACCCCGCCACACUGCAGACCACGCAGCCCAAAGCUCAGCCUGCUCCAUCUCCCAGCCUCCACCCUUCCACCCCGCCGGCCCCGAGCCAAGCUGCCCCGGCCGGGAAGAGCCCUGCGUUCGGCGCGACCCAGCAGGCCCUCUUCAGCUCACCAACACCCCAACCACAGCAGCAGCAGCCCGUGGUCACUUACACCAACCAGAGCAGCUAUACAGCUGUCACUCAGCAGAGCUCCCCUCAGCCAAUCCCGAGUCUCCCUGCCUCUCUACAGAAUGUUCAGCCAAUGGCCAUCCAAGCCCAUGUGCAGAGCCUCACGGCUUCACCAAUCCUGACCACCACCUCCAGCCCUCCCACACAGACCAUCUCCCCUCAGGUUCAGCAGCUUCCUGUUUUGUUGCAGCCGCAGUUCAUUAAGGCAGACUCUCUCUUGCUCACAACUUUGAAGCCAGUGACAACAGUAACAACAGUAGCGUCACCCUGCAUCACAUCCACGUCGCCAGUCCAGAACACCUCACUGCAGGCACUGAUGAGUGGAGGCACCAUCCUGACCACCGUUCCACUGGUGGUGGACACAGAGAAACUGCCCAUCAGUCGCAUCACCAUCAGCGGGAAACUAGGCGGCCUGCCGCAUAAGGGCGAGAAACGCACGGCCCAUAACGCCAUUGAAAAACGCUACCGCUCCUCCAUCAACGACAAGAUCAUUGAGCUCAAAGACCUGGUGGCUGGGACAGAAGCUAAGCUCAAUAAGUCCUCUGUGUUGAGGAAAGCCAUUGACUACAUUCGCUACCUUCAGCAGUCCAACCAAAAACUAAAGCAGGAGAACAUGGCACUCAAAAUGUCCAUUCAGAAGAACAAGUCUCUGAAGGACCUUGUGAUCAUGGAGGUGGACGUGAAGCCAGAAAUCCCCACCCCUCCAGCAUCAGACGUCGGCUCGCCUCAAUCCAGCGGCCCUUUCUCCCACCACGGCAGCGACUCGGAGCCGGACAGCCCAAUGGAAGAAGACAACAAGCCUGUGGUUGAGAGGGCUGGAGGAAUGCUGGACCGCUCUCGCAUGGCUCUGUGUGCCUUCACCCUGCUCUUCCUGUCCUUUAACCCACUGGCGUCCCUGCUGUGUGGCGGCUGGAGCAGCUCUGGGAUGACUGUCUCUGGACACACAGGAAGGAGUCCACUGGCAGUGCCAGAAGAAGCUGAGUCUUGGGGCUGGAUGGAUUGGAUGUUGCCCACUCUUCUGGUGUGGCUGUUGAACGGUGUUCUGGUCGCUGGAGUUUUGAUCCGCCUGCUCGUGUAUGGAGAACCUGUGACCAGACCCCACUCAGAAUCAUCUGUCCUCUUCUGGAGACACCGCAAGCAGGCCGAUCUGGAUCUAGCCAGGGGAGACUUUGCUCAGGCCUCUCAGAACCUCUGGACGUGCCUCAAAGCUCUUGGUCGUCCUCUGCCCACGUCUCAGCUGGACCUGACCUGUGCGGUGCUGUGGUCUGCCCUGCGUCUGUGUCUGCAGAGGCUGUGGGUGGGCCGCUGGCUAGCCAUCCGUGCCGGAGUCCUCCGUUCCAACCGCCCCCUACAGGAAGAUGCCCGCAAGAGCUGCCGCGAUGCCGCCUUGGUCUACCACCGUCUACACCAACUCCACAUGACCGGCAAGCUCGGAGGAAGCCACCUCUCUGCGAUCCACAUGGCGCUGAGCACUCUCAACCUGGCCGAGUGUGCAGGAGACUGUCUCCCCAUUGCCACGCUGGCUGAAAUCUAUGUGUCUGCAGCCCUCCGGGUUAAAACCAGCCUGCCCCGCCUGCUUCACUUCACUACUCGAGUGUUCUUGAGCAGCGCUCGGCAAGCCUGUCUCUCGCCCAGUGGCAGCGUCCCUCCUGCCAUGCAGUGGUUGUGUCACCCGCUGGGCCAUCGUUUCUUUGUGGAUGAGGACUGGUCCAUACGCAGCACCCCUAAAGAGAGCAUCUACAGCCAGGCAGGGAACUCAGUUGACCCGCUGGCUCAGGUGACCCAGGCGUUCCGCGAGCAUCUGCUGGAAAAGGCCCUCUACUGUGUGGCACAGCCGCGAGGCGACAAGAACCUCACUGAUGGAGAUGGUGAAUACUCAGACUCUCUGGAGUACCUGCAGUUACUCACCAGCGCCUCAGACGCAGCAGGAGCCACAACACAGUCCUUCGCCAUCGGAUCAAACAUGGCCACUGUUACAGGAUGUGACCCUCACUCGAAAUGGUGGUCGUCGGUUGCCGUGGUGAUCAUUAAUUGGCUCCAGGGAGAUGAUGUGGCGGCAGAGAGGUUGUACCCAGCGGUGGAGCACUUGCCACACAGCCUUCAGACCGCUGAGAGUCCACUGCCCAAAGCCUGUCUUAACACUUUUAAAGCGGUGCGCGCUCUGCUGGCCAAACCAGAGAACUACCAGCUCAGCCUCAGCUACUGUGAGACAGCCAGUGGCCUGUUCAGAGACAGCCUCAAUCUCGGCCCACACUGCAGCACCAACACAUUAGACAAGCUGGUGCAGUUGCUGCUGUGUGAUCUGUUGUUGGUGACGCGUACUAAUGUGUGGCGGGAGCAGCAGGUGGCGUCUCAGCAGAGCUCCCCGACGGCUGCCUCUCCUGCAGAGCUGCAGGGCUUCCAGCAGGACCUCAGCUCGCUCCGCAAGCUCGCCCAGAGCUUCAGACCGGCCAUGCGCAGGUUGUUCCUGCAUGAAGCCACAGCUCGGCUGAUGGCGGGAGCCAGUCCCACACGCACACACCAGCUCUUGGACCGCAGUCUGCGCCGCCGCGCCACGCCUGGAAGCAGAACAGAGGAGUGUGAGGUGCAUCCAGGCCAGCGUGAGCAGGCAGAGGCCGUGAUGCUGGCGUGCUGCUAUCUGCCUCCUUCCUUCCUGUCAGCUCCGGGCCAGAGGGUGGGCAUGCUGGUGGACGCCGCCCGGACGCUGGAGAAACUAGGCGACAAACGCACCCUCCACGACUGCCAACAGAUGAUCAUCAAACUAGGCAGCGGAACGACCGUCACCUCCACCUAGCCACCUACACACACACACACUUAAGAGCACUUUUACAAACACACCCCCAAGAUCUCUCAGAAUCAACACGCUCUUCAUUUCAGGCCUCGGUGUCAUCCAAGAACGCCAAGACUCUCCCCAGCAAUUCAUAACUGCAUAUUCAAAACCAGCGACGAGAUGCAGAGGCAAUAACGGGACCCUCCUCCAAACAGUGUUUUCGCGACCUUUUUGAUAUGAAAUUGAAUAUUUAACUUAUUUAUC